GGCUAGGCCAGGCCGAGGCCGAGGCGCGAGGAGAAGAAAUUAUCGAUUCUACGCGCGCCGACAGGUCGUCAGCUCAGUUUUAUUGAGAGAAAAUGGCAGAAAGUGGGGAAAGUUCAAGUGCCCCUUCAAUUCCAACAGAAUUUGUGACUCCUGUGAAAGAAAUCAAAGUACCAGAGGAUUUAAAGAAAUGGCAAGAAUCACAAGCGUAUGCAGACUACAUGUUCUUUGUUACAGCACUGAAUGAUGUUGCCACCGGAACCAAACUUACCGAUCAAUGCACAAUGUCACCGGCAUGUGAGAAGGUUGUUGCACUGCUCGACGAAUUGAAGUUGUGGAUAGAUAAUAUUCCCCCUGUAGACCAACCACAGAGGUUUGGAAACAUGGCUUACAGGACAUGGCACCAGAAACUUGAAGAUAAAAGCACUGACCUGAUAUUGACGAUCUUGCCAGAACAUCAGAAGGAUGCGGUGAUUGAAUUGAAACCCUACCUGACCGAUGGCUUCGGAAACUAUACCAGGAUCGACUAUGGCACAGGGCACGAGAUGGCCUUUGCUGCGUUCCUCUGCUGUCUCUGCAAACUCAAUAUCCUAAUCCCGACUGACUCGUUAGCAUUGGUCAAUAAAGUCUUUGUCAGAUACUUGGAUCUCACUCGAAAGCUACAGACAACAUACAGAAUGGAGCCGGCAGGGAGCCAAGGCGUCUGGGGGCUCGAUGACUUCCAGUUUCUACCAUUCAUGUGGGGAAGCUCACAGCUCAUUGGUCAUCCGAGGCUCACCCCUAAGAGUAUCCCACAGGCAGAUACAGCAGAGGGCUUUGCUAGUCAGUACAUGCUCUUUGGAUGCAUUAAUUUCAUCAAUAAAAUGAAGACAGGGCCCUUUGCUGAGCAUUCAAAUGUCUUAUGGGGAAUUAGUUCCGUUAUACAUUGGAAGAAAGUCAACCAGGGACUCAUUAAGAUGUACAAAGCAGAGGUUCUAUCAAAAUGUCCUGUAAUUCAGCACUUUCCAUUCGGAAACAUCCUUUCAAUUAACCCAGCGAGAUAGUGAUGCCUAACAUAGCAACAGUAGAUAUUUCAUGAUUAACGGUAGUACAUCAAGAGAAUGCAUGGGGCUUUCUGGGACGCAGUCUGUGACAAGACAUGGUGGUUGACCCUGAAGACAUCCCAGGCUUCAAGGUACUUUUGAGUGAUAAGUCCAGACCCUGUAUCUCUAUGAUGACUUAUUUAUUGCACUGGGAUAACAAGCGUUUUGACACAAUGUAAGGAUGGGUUUAACAACUCAAUGGAAUAUAUUCAAUACUAAGGAGAUGAUAAUGAUAAAAUAGGUCUACUUGAAGCUUAAAAAUCAUUAAGACUCUUCUUGUUAAAGACCAAGGAAGAUUGUGAUUAUGUCAUAAUUUUAAAUGGAUAAGAAGGACUAUGUAAGCCUAUUGAACUGUUGGCCCAGAUGCAAGACUCUACUGGUUAUAUCUUUUUGAUAGUGAGGUUUUUGAUAAUGUGAUUAGUUUAUAACUGGUAGGUAGACCUGUAAGCCAAUUCAAUAGUUGGCCCAGGUACAAGGCUUCAAUAGUUAUAUUGUUUUCAUAGUGAGCUUAAAGUAUACAAAUAUACCAGGAAUUGAGAAAGUAGAGUUGGGAAUUAUAUAGCCAAGGUUGGAUGGGUAAUUACUUGGCAGUAACAGUUGCAAUCAAACGCAACUUAUUUUUACCCCCCUCCCCCUUUGCCCCCUGUGAUUUUAUAAUCUGGUUAUCCCUACUGAAGAAUGUACGUUUCCUCAGGUGAAGGUUCAUGUAGGCUCCACUGAAUGGGUAGGUGUAGUAGUAGUGAAGUGAAGUGGAGCCUACAAGAACCUUCACCUGAGGUACAUGUACAUAUACAUACGUGUGCAUGAUGUAUUACUUCAAUUUUAAAAGUCCUAGGAUUUUUUUAAAUGAAAUCUUCUUCAUGUAUUUAGUCAAAGAUUCCCAAAAUGGGUCACAUGCAGGAAAAUGAAAUUCAUAUAUACGUUUUAUUACCCCAUUUGCAUGCAAUUUGUAGUUUUUUAAUAUGCAAAGUAUGCUAAAGCCCCAGUCACACGUCAGUGCCGGCCAUCCUGGAUCAGAUCUGGGGUGAUCAGGGAGACAGAUCCAUGAGAUGCCUUGGGCACCCUUGGAAGUCCAUGAAAGUCCAGGAGGCCAACACAGCAGUUUUGGGGAGUCAAAAACAUCCUUAGACUGUCGUGUUGGCCGAGCAAUCCGGGAUGGUCCAUCUAGCUACCUUGCUGGUCUCUACCGACGCCCUAAUGUUCUGUGAAGACGCCUUGCUCUGUCGGCAUGGUCCAUGUAGAUCUGUGUAAGUGCUGUGCAGUGUGCAGUCAUCAAUGAUAUUUGGCACUCAUUCUGGGGCGAAACUAUCCGGGACCUUUACAGAAUGCUAUGUAGAUCCUUAAGGUUCCAUGUUCAUAUGUGACUGAGGCUUCGUUAUUGAGCACAACAUGUAACACCAAGUUUUGUAACCUACACCAGGGGCAGUUGAUCGUGGAUGUUGCAUUUGUUGUUGGCAAGACAAUCAAGUGGAUUUGAUAUAAUGCACUUUAAUAUUCAUCUGUUGCGAUGAAUUAAUGACGUGUUGUUUCAUGUGCAGUUUAAUUGUUGGAAUAAUAAAUGUCUUUUGUAUUGUCAUUUCAAAGGCA